UUGAUUGGCCAGUUGUGACAACAACUGUCAUUACAAGUGUCAAAGUGACAUUUCAAUAAUUCAAAGUUCAGUUUUUGGUGAAAGUUCGUAAAAAUGGGUAACCGCUCGUCUCUGCUGCUCCGUGAGGAGGAAAUCGCCCAAAUCCAGGAGGAAACAGGAUUCACCCCCAACCAAAUCGAGCGUCUCUACUCCCGUUUCACGUCCCUGGACCGUGGGGAUUGUGGCACUUUGAGCCGCGACGAUUUCCUCCGAAUUCCCGAGCUCGCAAUCAACCCUUUGGGCGAGAGAAUCGUCAAUUCGUUUUUCCAGGAGGAAGGCUUGAACGAUAGGGUGAAUUUCAGGCAGUUUAUGCGCGUUUUGGCCCACUUUAGACCCAUCAAGAAGAACAAAGAGAAUAAACUGAACUCGAGGGAGGAGAAGCUGAGAUUCGCUUUCAAAAUGUACGACCUUGAUAACGACGAUAUGAUCUCAAAGGAGGAGCUUUUGGCGAUCUUGCACAUGAUGGUGGGGGCCAACAUCAGCGAGGAACAGUUGACCAGUAUUGCAGAGCGCACUAUCGUGGAGGCUGAUGAAGACAGAGACCAAAUGAUUUCAUUCGAGGAGUUUUGUAAUGCGUUACAAAGGACGGAUGUCGCCCAAAAAAUGAGCAUUCGCUUCCUGAACUAGGCGUGUAAUGUAUGUGUAAUAUAUUUAUUAUAAUUGUAACACUUAACCAGAGAUAUUUUCUUGUUACUAUUGUACUUAAUAAAUAAGAAUAAAGUAGUUUAAGCCGUUGAA